UUUAGUAGCUCGAAACCCGGUUAUCCGGCAUAUCGACGGGUUUGACAAUUCGGCGAUGCGGUAAACAGCCUUUAAUGAUGACAAUGCUAAUGAUGGAACGCGCCAAACCGGAAGACGUCGAGAAGGAUCGCUCGCCGAUCCGGCCCGAAGGACCAAUCUUUUUGCUGCCCAAGAGGAUGUCCGACGAUUCACGGGACGCCGACAUGUGCGAUAAACUGACGGACGACGACGACGUGGACGUGGAAAAUGACGAUACGUCGUCCUUGUGUCCGGUGGACCUGACCAGGAGGCACGACAAGUUGAGGAGCUUCGAGGGGUUGAUACAGAAGAAUGACUCUAAUAGUGAAUUUUUGUACAGUAAGGACUCCAAGGGGUCGGAGAGUGUUUGUAGUGAUCUCAGUAGAUCUCAGUCGCCUCCGGACAGGAGUCCGUCCGUCAUUUCGAACAAUAGAAGGUUGGCGUUUUCCGUCGAGAAUAUCCUGGACCCGAAUAAGUUUACGGGUAGGCAAAAUGUUUAUAGUGACGAGAUGUGUUGUUGGAAACCGAUGGACGAGACGGCAGACUAUGAAGAAAGUGAAACUGGAAAAGACCACAAUUCAGAAGAGGAAGACGACAUGCAGAGCGACAUCAGCGAAGACCUCAAAGACCCAAACUCGAAGAAGAAGAAGAGCGAUUCGAAGUCACAGAGUGCCGGUAAACCGCGUCGAGCCAGGACGGCCUUCACUUACGAACAAUUAGUGGCCUUAGAGAACAAAUUCAAGACCACCAGGUACCUGAGUGUGUGCGAAAGACUGAACCUGGCCCUCAGCCUGAGCCUGACAGAGACCCAGGUGAAAAUAUGGUUUCAAAACCGAAGGACAAAGUGGAAAAAGCAGAAUCCCGGGAUGGACGUCAACUCGCCGACCGUACCGCCACCUGGCGUCGGGUCCGGGAACGGUUUUCCCAGCUUUCCAGGGCACCACACGCACUCUGGGCUGUUGUAUUCCCACCAUGUGCCAUACGCUUAUCCCCUUCAGCCUGCUGGAUCUGGGGGGUAUGCUCCUUACUUUCAUCUAGCUAACCACGGUCAUAACUUGGGUUCUUGAAAGUUGUAUUGAGGACCUUCGGACGAGGAAUGUCGAAGAGGGUUGAAUGUACGAAUCUGAACAAGGUCGAGGAGGUUAUUUAGAGAUUUAUUGAUCGAAAAUUGUGCCACUGAAUUGGCACUGUUUCCCAUGCACAAAAAGAACAAGCCUGGUAUGUUGCUCAAGCUCAAGCAUUCACAUCACUCCAAUUAAACGAUUAAAAUGCACAAUCCAGACGUAUCUAGUCACAUUGUCGGAAACACAAACAUUUCUCCCAAUGGAAUUGAUUCGAAACCGAUAAACUCGAUAGGUUUCACAAUGGUAACAAAUAAAGACCCCUUUCGCAUGUUGGCAAUCUUUUGCUUUACCUUUGUUGCAUUGAUAUCCAAGUUUCAAUAAAUAUAAAUGCAGAAAAAGGAAAGGAUGCGGCUACCUGCUAUUGCUACCCUAAAAGAUAACAAAAUUUGACUGGAUCAAUCUAUAGAAAUUUCAUACGAAUCAUAGUUCGGUAUAGUGAUGUAUAAUCUAUCUGCAAUCUCUUUAUUCUUUCAGGCGAUCUUUAUCACCUCAUUCAGAGGUAUUGCAAUUGGUCUGUCGGUAAAUUUGACAAAUCAGCCAUUAUAGACGAAGAACUGAAGAAAUGUUUUUUGUAUAUCGAGAGAAAGGGAUCAAGCUGCAAGCAAAUCGUGGAAUGCAUUUUGAAAGAAUGUGUUCAACCUUUUUUCUCUCUUAAAAAUGCAUUCAUUAUGUGAAUGACGAGAACAUAGACCCAAGUUCUAUUCAAGCGAUCUCUGUAAAUAAUUCCCGAGAAAAGUAACGAAAAAACAUGUUUGAUUCGUACAUGAAACCGAAUGUGUAGAAAUGUGCCAUAUACCAUAUUGUAAAUAGACUGCGAUUUCUUGUAGAUUAGCUAGCUACUAGGAAGUAGACAUUAUGUACCUUGUUAGGCGCCAUCAAACAGUUCGAUGUAAUGUUGUACAUCUUAUAGAACUCUGAUAUUUAUUGAACCAAAAAAUGUACCUCCCUCUGUAAAUAAACCUAUAUCUUCUUUA